GUGUAUGCAAUGCUUGGUGUGGCCCUCAUAAGACAGACAUGCAGAAGAGGAGCAGCAGUAAUCUCAGCACAUCGUGUAGGAUUCCUUCCUAGGAAGGCAUUCUGUUCUCGGCAGUUGUCUACCUCUGCAGCCUCUCUCAAUACCAAAGGCCUUCCAAAUGUAAAUAAGAAGAUAGCAGGGGAUGUGGAAGAUUAUCAAAUUAUAUAUAAGUUCCCAUAUAUUGUACUAGCUCGUGCAAUUUGCAGACUGAAAAUCUAUCAGACUGCAUUGUGUGGGUUUGCUGUGCCUGCAGUUGGCUAUUUGGCUUACAAUGGGGUCUUGGAUACUCAAGUAUUCUCUGCCACUGCUGCAGUAGGUGGACUUGCAUUUGUUAUGCUCUUUGUUAUGGGAGAAAUUUUCCGCAGAACAGUCGGUCAUAUUUAUUACAACGCCAGGAAAGAUAUUGUGAAAGUGUCUCACCUUUCCUUCUGGGGGAACCGUAAAGACAUUAUUAUCCCUGUGGAAGACCUAGUGCCUAUAACAGACACUUCUGAUAUUCCAACAGAUAUUUACGUGCAUUUGUUAAGGUUUUCAAAGCCCAAGGAUUCACUUUAUCUGUUCCUAAGAUUUGGAGGUAUCAGGGACACAGAAAAGUUUACUUAUGCAUUAGGGCUGCUAAAGCCAGAGGAUCAGCUUAGUGAACAAAGUAAGCUGGACUAAAAGAAUCCAUGUUGGGGCUGUGACUAGAUUGUAUUGCAGCUACAGAUUAUUUCUUUGACUGUCAAAGUAAGCAAGAUAAAACUGCUUUAAUCAUUGGUAAGAUCAUUGUCUGAAGGCAGGAGCACAGCUAUCCCACAAAGAUAUCAGGACCUUUUUAAUCAGGAAAGACUAAAAAGAAGUGUAUUACCUUGCACAUAAAGAGAUCAAAGAUGGGUACGAUGCAUUUAGAUGACAGCUUCCAGUUUCUAGUUGAUCAAGAUGAAGUCAAUUUCAAAGUUGUACAGCAGUUGAACUCUGUCUUUGGAAAGGACUUAAAGUGUCUAGAAAAAGCAUGUGGCUUGGUCAAAGAGCUGACCAGGACAAAAGAGGAACUGGAGAGAAGGUUGCGCUUUGCAACAACUGAAGCACCAGACAAGAUCACAAAGGCUGUGAAAGCUGCUGAUGAAGCACUGAAGAAGAAGGAGAAGAUGAUAAAGGAAUGUGAUCAACUGAAAUUAGAGGUUGCACAGCAUAAUAAAAAAGUUGGGAAACUUUUAGAAGAAAUAGGACCAGGAGUUCGUAAAGUACGAGAACUGGAACGUGUUCAGGUGUACCAGCAGUUUGUAAAUGCAGUAGACGAACAAAGCAAAGAGAUAGAAACCUCAUUACACAUAGGGGCGGAAGGCCAGGCUCUGCUUGGUUAUAGUCAACUAAGAGAAAAAGCCAAGCUGAUUCAAGAAUCCAAUUGCUCGAAUCUUGUUGCUUUUGUCACCAACACCCUCCUCCAUUGGCAUCAAGUUUUUACUCAAAGGUUUACAAGUGAAUUUGAGGAUGUAUUAAAGGUAAUCAAAUGGCCUUUUACAAGUUCCAAUUCUACUGUGCACCAGACUCCAGCCUCACCAGAGUCCAUUCAGAGACUUUGUACACUCACUCAGUAUCUUCUGCAAAUUACUCUCCCAGAAGAUAUAGGUAAAGAAAAUGCCAGGCAGCGUGACUUGUCCAUUAUGUCUCCUGCUGUGGUAGCAGAUUUUGAACCUCCUUUGUUGCCAAUACAGCUACUUGUGAGACCACUGGAGGUUCGCUUUUUCUACCACUUCAGUGGAAACAAAGUCACAAACAGUAGGGAAAAUCCUGAAUGGUACUUUACCCAAGUUCUGAAGUGGAUUUCUGCCCAUGAGAGCUUUCUAAACACAAGAAUUCAGCAAGUUCUCAAUAGAUAUGGAUACCAGAAUACUUCUGCUAAGGUGGAGUUCAUGAGAGGUCUGGUGCGCCUUUUGGUCCUGAAGUUGGCCUCUGAUCUUCCUGAAAUUCAGUAUGAUGAUGAUCUCUUCUGUAGCACUGUCCAGGAGACCCUCAACUUCGAACGUGAAAUAAGUGUGACUUAUUAUUAUCCUGCUUCCCAGCCUUCUGUUCUGUCAGUACUCACACAGGCCCAAAACUUUGCUCGUUGGAUACACAUCGAAAGGAAGUUUGCUCUGGAAUUGAUGGACGAGUUUGUGUCUGACAAUGAUGCGUGGCUUGCAAUGGAGGGCGGUGAAGCAGCACACUGUGGGGAGCAGCUCAUCCUCCUUGUACAGGGCAUUACCGAUCGCUAUAAAAGACUUCCGCAGCCAGGACAUAGGUUACAGUUCCUGGAGCUGCAACUUGAGCUUCUGGAUGAUUUUCGAGUGAGAGUGUUGCAGGUGAUGAAGAGUGAGCGACAGGAUCCUUUAAACUCACACUACCCAGCUAUUCUCAACACCGUGCAUCAUAUUGCUGCAACUCUGACUGACUGGGCUGAUCUUCCGUUCUUUGUGGAGAUGCAGUACUAUAGAGAACAGUUCAGCCACAUCCAAGAUCAGACCACAGCUGCACUGGCUGGUUACGAAACGGCAAGAUCUACCUCCCCAGAUGACCCCUCGUCAUUCACUUUUCAUUCGCCAGAUGUUUCCUUGUUGAAUACAACGGUCUCACCAGAGGUUUUGGCUCGACAGGAUGCUUUAGAUUCGCUCAACACAAACACAGAAGUACCAACUGCAGCUCGACUGGCAGAGGUUUCAGGCUCGGUAUUCGACAGCACAGUUGACUUGUAUACGCAUAUCCAGGGAGAGAUGGUCCGCACUCUUGCCAGUUAUGUGUUUACGGAGGUUCGUGCUCGGAGCCAACCAUAUAGGAAGGACAAGUGGUUCUAUACUACAAACCCAAAGGCAUUGCAAGACUCAAACAAAAUAACCGACCCGAGUCCCAGUAUUUGCCCAAUGUUGGAGGUUCUGGCAAGACAUCUUCAUGCUCUCAGGGAUGUAUUGGCAACUCCUCUUUUUACACAGUUAUGGAAGAUUGUUGCCGAUACCCUCAACAAGUAUGUGUAUGAAGAGGUAAUUCUCCAGACACGGUUUAGUGACACUGGCGCUGCUCAGUUCAAGUUUGACAUGUUACGCGGCCUAUUCCCAAUCUUUGGGGAAUUUACGCAGAAACCAGAAAAUUUCUUCAAGUUAGUCAAGGAGUCUGUGAUCUUACUCACCUUGCCGCAUGCAACAGCCUUCCUUCUGAGAGACACCAUACGUAUGUGGCGCGACGACCAAGAUGCUUUCAGCCUCGUUAUCUCACCAGUUAAAGCCCUGGCUGAGCAGGGUGUGACGCUCCUUACACCAAAAGAAGCAGACGUAGUUAUGAACAUCAGGAUCUACGAGCAAAAUAGGAUGGGUUCGUAGGCUGCUAGAGUAGAGUGUUGAGUGUUUACCGAAUGCACAACACAUUGUAGAUAAAGGGAUUACCUUGGGCGACAUUAACUUCACUUUAAAAUGGAACCCAUGGAAAGAUCACAAUAGUUUCUGCUCAACUUUUAUUUCCAAAUAUGAUAAAAAUAUAAACAUUUAUGAUAAUAACCAGUAACUAUCUUAUAUCUGAUGUCUCAACUCUCUUGCUUGGAUAUUAAAACUGAUUUUUUUUAUUAGUAUGCUAUAAUAGUUGUUUUGAAAAAUGCUGAAUGAAAGAUGUUAAUGAGGAUUUUCUUUUUUGGCUAUAAGUUUAGCAUGUUGAAAUUGCAGCCCAGUUUUGUACUAUAAAAGGAAAUGGCCAUUGUAAUAGAUUCUGUAUGUGUAUUAUGUAUGCAUUUAUGUUAACGUGAAAUUAAUGUGAAAUAAAUUUUUUUGUGGA